GCUUUCUACAGGCCUUUGUCUAUCAAUCACAGGGUGUGACACUACGAUGAAACUGUCUGAGCUUGGGUCACACAUUCUGGACUGUUUACAUAAACCCACUGGGGACCUAGAUGCAAAGGAUGUAACAGAGACAGAUUGGUAUAAGAAGCACUUUGAAUCAGCCAAAUGUCUGGAGACAGAGACCAAACACACCUGUGAGAUUCGUAACCGGGAGAAAAGACUACAAAUGACAGCAGCAGAAGACAGUGUUGACAAGUUGUGUGCUUUGGCCCAGGAGCACCUGAAACUCUACAGGCAACAUCUGCCAAAGCCAGGAGACCUGUUGCACCAUGAAGAUGGCCAGUCUCCUCUGCAUAGCCUGGAGCAGGCUGCUGUCCACUAUGCAUCAGCUAUCAGACUUAACUCCAGAGACGCCAGGCUUCACUUCCAGCUGGGUCUCGUGCUGGAGGAGCACCAUUACGCUACAGAGAUGUACAGCCUACAGAGGAAGGCUGACAAAGAGAGAGAUGAAUUAAGUGAUGCCAAAUCAACAGCACAUCAGGAUGACAUCUUGGCUGUGUGUAAACUGCACGGUUUCCUUGGAACACCCACAGUAGAGAACCAGCUGCAGGCUCUGGAUAAAGAGUAUCAUCUGCUCAAAGAGCAGGGACAGUCCAGCAAAGCAGACUAUGUUCAGACUCUCUACAUCUGGCUUUCUAAGAAAACUGGCAAGGACAUCAGUGCAACUAUGCAGGAUAAAGAGAGCUAUAUCCACCGAGCCCUUCUGAAGUACCUGGAUGCCUGGUCUCUGUGCCCAGAAAGCUGGGAGUACAGCCUCCAUGCAGGAAGGCUGCUGCUGCUGCAAGGGAGGGAAAGGGAAGCGAAGGUUAAAAUAUGCGCAUCCUUUCUGUGGCUGUAUUCUUCGCAGGCCUGGGUCUGCUACUGCAGGAACAGAAAGCCUCUGAGGAUGCAGAGAAGGAGGCUGCUUUGUUCUUACAACAGGGACUGGAGCACUUUAUCAGCCAGCGCUGCAGCAAGAGUGGAUAUCAGCUCUAACGAGCUGUCUCACUCAUCUCAGCAUGUGGCAAUGCUGAGUGCCCAGAGUGUGAGUCAGUGUGUACGUCGUGGUGAGGUGAGCAGGCAGCUGGAGUGGGUGCUGCUGGAUGCUCACUUUGCCCUGCUGCAGAGGCUGACCCAGCAGAGUGAAUGCCAGGCUAAGACUGGCAUUGAGAGGCAGUCUCUGGUGGCAAAAAGAUGCCAGGCCCUCACAGCUCUAAUACGUCACACCUCUAUCACUCCCUGUCAGGAACUUCUUGACAUGCAGGAAAGGCUGGCUCAGUACGACAAUAACCCAAAUUCAGAAAGGUCAAAGGAAGCUAUAAGUGAUGCCUUUCUCAGCCUCCAGGCCAGCAUUGAGCUGGAACUCAAGACUCAGAUUGGAGAGCCACCUGAACAGCUGACCAAACAAAAGUGGUGGCAGGAAAAGGUGGAGGUUAAAACUAAGGAAGCUGCCAAGCAGUCCAUCACCCAACCAGCUGGUGUAAAGGAGACUUGUGACAUCAAAUUGGCAAAAAGAGGAGUGCAGCAGAGCAGGGGAGGUUCUAGGUGUGUAGCAGUAGCUGUAACCAAAGCACCAGCUCCAGCUCCCACCAGGGGAGGGAAGGCUGUCCGGAAUCCAGCCAAAACCCCUACAGCCAGGGGGAGUUCUGGAGCAGCUGCCAAGCCAGAUAGGGUGAAACUUUCUGGUCAUAACACUAAACCUCAGCUCCUGCUCAACAAGUCUAAACAGGACAGUUUCUCUGAUACUUUGAGGAAAGCUGAGGUUGCUGUGACAGACAAAAUCCAUGAGUCCAGUCUGAUGAACCGCAGAUCUCAUGCAGCAAGACUGGGUCUGGCUCGAGCUUACUCGCGAUCUUCAAACACCCAGGACCAAGCAAAACAGCUAUACCAAGAGGUCAUCGCAAUGGCACCAGAGAUCCAUGAUGCCUACAUCGAGCUUGCGCAGCUGCUGGAGCCAUCCGACCCUCAGGCUGCUUUGGAUGUAUACUGCAAAUUCCCUUUGAAGCCUGUGGCUGAGCAAAACUUCGAGGAUGCCUUCAUCACAGGAGAGAUUGUGCGCAUGCUGAUGUCUGAGGAGCAGUACGACCACCCACAGCUUGGCCCCAGCCUCAUAGCUUAUGGCAAAGUCAUGGGCCUAAGUUGCAUAGAGAAUUACAUUCACAUUUUGGAUGGAAAGUCUAAGACCAAGCUGCUAAAGACCGUCUACGCGGGGAUCCACAACAGACAAGAGGAUGAUGAGGAUCUGCAGAACUUCUUCAAGUUCAAGUGCUGGAUAUGAUGUUUUUGAUUGUUUGCUGUGUUGAUGUAAUAAAUUCGGAGUCUUGAGUUUAAUUCUAGUCUCUUCUCCC